UAUUCCGACUAAUUUUCGUACAAAAACAUCAAGUGACAAGACACAAAAAUUCCUAAAAUCAAUAAAAAUUGAAGUUUAAUCGAUUUUUUAAAGAGUUUGGCACUUGACACACUUACCUUAUCAGCAUUUUUCCGGGAUCCAAGGGAAAUUUUCAUCGUUGCGAUAAAUUUAUCCAAGUUUUCUGGAUAAAAUAUGAAAAAAAAUUGAAAAAUUCUUGCCAUAUACGAUAAAAUUCUGUGAGAAAUUACUCGAAUAAGCUAAUUGAUACUCAAAAUGGAGGCGGAAAGUUAUAAAAAUCUGGUGAAACCUCCUCCUGCGAUGAUUUGCAAGCGAUGGAAGCCUUGGAUACCGAACCAACUCGAAUCGAUUCUGAAUCCGAAAGAGCUGCAAUUGAAGGUCUUGCAAUGCACUCGCAUUCAACGUUUAAUUGAGGAAACUUCGAAGACGGAAAAUCGAAAACCUGAAGAUGUGCAGAAAGAAGUCACAAAUUUGUUGCUGGAAAUUGGAUUUUCUCGUAGUUUGAAGACAAUUCGUAGUUUGGGAGUCAUUUUAAAUUUUUUCUUGACGCGCAUUUGCGAGGGAUUGUACGUGAAUCAAACUUCGUUGCGGCGUUUGAAGACAGAAGUGCACGGAAAUCCCGUUUUGUACCUUCCGAGUCAUCGUAGCUAUGCGGAUUUCAUCCUUAUCUCGUACGUUUGCUUCACGAAUCAGAUCGAAAUCCCGGGAAUUGCAGCGGGAAUGGAUUUUCACGGCAUGGCGGGCAUGGGAGAAGUCCUUCGCAAGACGGGAGCUUUCUUUAUGCGACGCAGUUUCAUCAAUGACAAACUUUAUUUCACGACUUUUAAAGAAUAUGUGCAUAAAUUGAUGACUAUUUAUCACACAGGCGUCGAAUUCUUCGUAGAAGGCACGCGAUCGAGAUCUUGCAAGUCACUUCCGCCAAAAAUCGGGUUGUUGUCAAUGUGUUUGGAGCCGUUGUUCAUGGGAGAGAUUCCAGAUGUGACAAUUGUGCCUGUUUCAAUCUCUUAUGACAAACCCUUGGAAGAAAGUUUGUUCGUUUACGAGUUAUUGGGAGUCCCAAAGCCCAAAGAAAGCACAAAAGGCAUGUUAAAAGCUUUUAGUAUCCUGAGUCAGAACUUUGGAUCGAUUUAUUUCGACUUUGGGCGCCCAUUUUCGGUGAAAAAUUAUUUAAAAGGUCGUCUCGAUCGCUUUAAACACGCUUUGGAACCAGCUCACGUUCAAGUACUGUCGAAACAAGAACUUUCAACAGUCACAAGUCUCGCUUAUGACGUCGUCAACUUGCAACAAGACAAAAUUAUCAUCACAAUUUUCAAUUUGAUGUGUUUUUGCGUCAAUUACAGCAAGUUUAAGGGACGUCGUUUGACUGUAGAUGAUCUUUGUAAGGAAAUGACACGCGUUACAACCGUUUUUAAAGCAUUUGGAGCUCCGUUGGCGCUCAAUUUCGCAAAUCACUUCUCCAAAGACCUCAAAGAAGAAGUUCUCCAUGCCCUUGAAAUACAUUCGAACAUCUUAUGCGUCAAAAAUGGCUUCGUUGAACUCGUAAUUUCUGACGUGGACUUCCAAAAAAUCGACAAAGGACGCAUGAAAGCGCAUAAACUUUCCAAUAAAACCAUGUCUCUUGCCGUUCCAACAUUCUUCCUGCAAUUGUACCUCAAUCCGUGUCUUCAUUGGAUCGCAAAUCCCGCAAUUAUCCUUCUUGUCAUCCGAAAAUUGCAACAUCCGAAUGUCACGAAGGAAGAUAUUUACCCGGAAUACUUGCGAUUACGCACGUUAUUUGCUCUGGAGUUCGUUUUGCAUCCCGAUAAGGCUCCCCAAGAGUUCGAAUCUGCUUUGGAAAUUCUCUCACAACUCCAAAUCAUCAACGUUGACACCAAAAUUUCAUUUAAUCCGAAAAAUUUUUCACUCGCGGAUCAGUUAAUAAGCAUCUUAAGUCCCUUUGUGAGCACUUAUCUCAUUGGAGUUGACACAAUUUUAGCGGAAUUUGCAUUGCCGGGCACCAAAAUCAACGAAAAACAGAUUCUAGUCAAAGUACAAAUCAAUGUCGAGACACUUUUGGCACAAAAAGUCAAACAUACUCAUCCGUAUGCCCUUUCGUUGGAUACGAUUUCGUUGUUGGUGCAGUCUUUGGCUGCCAUGGGAGCGUUGGAAAAGGAACGCUCGAACGGAAAUGGGACACUUUUCAAGACAAAUGCCCCGAAAUUGGGUCCCAUCAAAGAUUUGCUCAUCAGUUUCUGUCCCGUAAUGGAUUACAAUUAUUUGUAUGGAGCGGGAAAGGAGCCUGUUGUUGCAAAAUUGUAAGAAAAAAGUAUUAUUUAUCCCAAAAAUUAUUGAUUUUUUAGGUUUUAAGUGUUUUUUAUGUUGGCUUGUGACUGUCGGAAAUUUUAUUUUGUUAUUUUUUUGUUAGUUUUAAGUGUUUUAACGAGGAAUGUGGCAAUAAAUGAAUUUUUUUGCAUUUGAAGUCUUCUUUUCUUUCGCAAUUAGCUGAAAAUAAAAGGUAAGAAGAGCGAUUUUGAUUAUUUUGUAAACCACAGAGUAGUUAUUAUGAUUUUUUAUUAAUAAUAAAAUGUUUACAUUUCAGAAUUUACUUCUUUUGUGGUUUCUUUGCUGUCUUCUGUGACUUCUUUGCAGCUAAUUUUGCUUCCUUUUCCUUUUUCUUGGCAGCCAACUUGGGUUUUCGGACCGCGGAAACCUUCUUCAUUUGCUUGGCGCGGUUCUCUUGUUGCUUCUUCCAGACGACAGCCGGGUGAUUCUUGGGCAAUUCCUUCUUUGCCUUCGCUGCCUUCUCCAAGAGACCUUCGUAGCGGCGUUUUUGUUGUGCCAACAAGGCAUGGCGACGCGUAACGGCGGCA